GCUAUAUAAAUCCAUCACUUCUAGUUCCUGUUAUAUUGCUGAAUCUCUGAUUGGUAGUAACCAGUUUACAUUUCGCACAUAACUCUCUUCCUCUCUCUUUCAUCACCAUCUCUUCUGUGUAUCAGACACACACAAAAACCUAAAUUUUCAAGCUUUGUCAGUCAAUCUUCUUCUUCCUCCAUACCUUAUCUCACCAGCUUCUCCAUAUCUCUCAAAGAAAAAGACACUCUAUAAAUUCCCCCCCAAAAAAAUCAAAUAAGAUGGAUAACUCCGACAUUCUAAUGAACAUGAUGAUGCAGCAGAUGGAGAAGCUUCCUGAACACUUCUCUAACUCAAACCCUAACCCUAAUUCCCAUAACGUUAUGAUGCUCUCCGAAUCCAACACCCACCCGUUCUUCUUCAACCCCACCCAUACUCAUCUCCCACUUGACCCAACCAUCUCUCAUCACCACCAACCCGGUUUAAAUUUCCGGUAUGCCCCGUCCAUGUCAUCAUCUCUCCCGGAGAAAAGAGGAGGAUGCAGCGACAACGCCAACAUGGCGGCAAUGAGAGAGAUGAUCUUUCGAAUAGCCGUGAUGCAGCCUAUACAUAUUGAUCCGGAGUCCGUGAAGCCACCGAAGAGAAAGAACGUGAGGAUCUCUAAGGAUCCACAGAGCGUGGCGGCUAGACAUCGAAGGGAGAGGAUAAGUGAGCGCAUUCGGAUUCUUCAACGGCUUGUCCCCGGUGGCACCAAGAUGGAUACGGCGUCGAUGCUCGACGAGGCUAUCCAUUACGUUAAGUUUCUUAAGAAGCAGGUGCAAUCGCUGGAGGAACAUGCGGUGGUUAACGGGGGAGGAAUGACGGCGGUGGCCGGAGGAGCACUGGCGGGUACUGUUGGUGGAGGAUAUGGAGGAAAAGGGUGUGGGACUAUGCGGUCUGAUCAUCACCAGAUGCUUGGAAAUGCACAGAUUCUUAGAUGAUGAUGAUGAUGAUUUUAAAAUAUAUUUCAUAUUUAUUAAUAUGAAGCGAAUCAAUAUUUUAGGAGGAGUUGAAUUAAAUAUUAUGAAACUAUCCUUUUCAAUCUUUCCGGCUUUCGAUGAUGUUUUAGUUUUGGGAUGGUUUAAUUAAAAGUCAGUCUUGGGUUGUAAAUUAGACUAAAGUGUUACAGAGUACUAGUAAUAUUUAAUUAUCACCAAGUGAAUUAAUCCACUGUUGUCACUGAUCAAUCCGACAUGUUUCUGUCUUGUUUCUAAUGUAACAAGUGUCAAAGUGUGUAAUUUAUGUCAUUUCGUACUUGUUGUAAUACUAUCUUGAUGCACAUGUGUGUUGAGCCAACUUUCUAGAUUACAAAGUUUUGGGGGAUAUAGAUUAUAAGACGAACAU